UCUAGUCGGACGGCAGGCGGCGACAUGCUGGUUUAACGUGGACUGGUCCACGCGCCACCAUCGAAGAAGAACGAGACAAGGACGAAACAUGGCGCUGCCAUCCAAGAAAGUGUUCGAGGUCUUCGUGUCUAAAAUCCCGUGGACUAUAGCCGGCAAGGAGAUGAGGGAGUACUUUGGACAGUUUGGCCCUGUGAAGAAGUGUCUUCUUCCAUUUGAUAAAGACACCGGCUUCCACAGAGGCUUCUGCUGGGUGGGCUUCACAACAGAGGAAGGACUGAACAAUGCUCUUCAAAAAGACCCUCACAUGCUGGAAGGAGCAAAGAUGCAGGUUCAGAGGAACAGACGUCCGUUUGCAGGGCAAAGGUCAAACCGAGACAGUGAACACGAGUGAAGCUGUGAGGGCGAAGCAGACGUCCCUGCUGCUCGGAUGUUUAUGAGACGUUUCAGUUUCUCUGCAUUUGUUCACCUUGCAGUGACGAUGACUUGCCAUCGUCUCAACGUGGAGGAGGAGGCCUUAUUGGCUCUAAUAGUGUUUCUUUCUUUCACCGUUCUGAUCUCCAGAUUAGUGCAAUAAAACACUGUUGGGAUCCAUUCUGUCUUUUUACAUUUUUAUUCUUAAGAUACAAACUUUGACUUGUGCCGUAGUAUUUUAUGUGGUGCUUCUACUCCAGUGCAGGAUCUGAGUACUUCCUUCACGAAGUAGCUGGUAGAGCCGGUGCUGUAGGUGUUAGAGGCAUAGAGAGCGACGCAGGACGGGGAACAAAGCCCCCUGAGGACCAGGGGACGGAGCUGGGGACUUGGACCCGCUGGAUUGAGUCAACUAGAGAAAACCCAUUCCGUUGGUGACGGACGUCGUUGUUGUUUCCCCAAAUGAACUGUUUGUGAUGAAGAAUAAAAUGGUACCUUUUUGUAA